UCUCUAGCGCUCGCCGCCUCCUGACCUCUGUCCUCUGUCCUCUCCCUCCUUCGCCGGCCCACCCCAACCGACCGUCGAGCCGUGGUACCCGCCCUCGUCGCAGGAACCGCUCCAGUCGAGUAAGUUGCGCUCCGUGACGAACCUCACUCGCCGGAGCACCACCGACAAGGCAGAGAUGGCCGAGGAGGUGAAGCACCUGGAGACGCGCGCGGCCGAGCGCCCCGUGUGGCUCAUGAAAUGCCCCACCGUCGUCUCCCGCGCAUGGCAGGAGGCCGCCGCCGCCGCCACGUCCAACCCAGAGGCCGGCGGCGCCAACCCUAACCCUAACCCGGUGGUCGCCAAGGUCGUCCUCUCCCUCGACCCCCUCCGCGACGAGCAGCCUACCAAGUUGAAGAUGGAGAUGGCUCAAACAAACAAUGGAAAUACACCAAAGAGUUACUCUCUGAAUAUGUACAAUGACUUUGUGCCAAUAUGCAUCUUUUCUGAGUCUAACCAAGGUUGGAACUAUAUCAUCUCACACUUUCUUCAUGAUGUUUGCAUGCAUUUUUUUUCGUAUCUAUCUACAUUAACUUUCCUAUAGAUAAUCUUAAAUGUUGUGGCUGGCGUGCACUACUCAUUUUAAGUACAAGCUUUUUAAAUGUAAUGUUAUAUGCUCCCUUCAGUAAAAAAAGGUCCCAAUAGAGUACAUGCCCAUUCACAUGUUUUAUGUUUAUGAUCAUACAGGUUAACAUGUGUUAAGUGAUAUAUAAAUGCCAAAAGCUGUCCAACAUCAUCUAAUAAGGUUAAAUAGUAACUGCUUACUAGCCAACUCUAUCAAACCUUCUUCAGCGUGGAGUCUCAGUAUAUUUCACUUAACAAGAAAAAUCACACAACCUUUUCAAUUUCACUAUGUGAUGACAUAUCAUGUAGGUGUUUGUGUAAAGGUAGUUGGUUAGUGCAUGACCGUGCAGUAGUCAGUAAGACUUUAUGUUACUUGUAUUUUCAGGCUUGCACAUAGUCUAUGAUUUUUACUCUGAAUAAUAUUCAAAUGACCUUUUCCUAUAUGAAACAAUAAUGACAUCACAGGGAAAUAUGCAUGUGAAGGGAAAGUUGAGAACAAGUUUGACAUGAAACCUCAUAGUGAAAAUCUUGCGGAAUAUGGAAAAUUAUGCCGUGAGAGAACCACCAAGUGUAUGGCUAAACCAAGAAGAGUGGAGGUGACUGAUCAGAUGAUUAUUUCCCCCACAGGCCACAGGCCACACUUGUGCAUCUGUCUCCAUGAAAUUGCCCUUUUUGCCUUCACUUCUUGUAGGUACUUGCGGAUGACCAUGGAAGCCGCAUGAGACCCAUGCCUGGCAUGGUUGGCCUGAUGCCUUCUUCUGCUACAAAUGCAAAGGAGAAGAAGAAACCAGUACCACCACGAUCUUUUGAAACGAAAAGGACACGAAGGGGUCGUACAGAAAUGGAGAAUAUCCUAUUCAAGCUUUUCGAGAGGCAGCCAAAUUGGUCGCUAAAGCAGCUUAUGCAAGAGACAGACCAACCAGAGCAAUUCCUGAAGGAGAUACUGAACGACCUCUGUGUCUACAAUAAAAGAGGACCGAAUCAAGGGACGCACGAGCUCAAGCCUGAAUACAAGAAGUCGACAGAGGACAACAAUGCUACAUGAAGAAGUUCUUCCUCUGAUUCGCCAAACAUGAGUUCCCCAGUCUCGACUGAUUGGAACUCCAGCCUAUUAGUUGCUCCGUAUAAGCAGUCGCUGAUGCUUGGUUGGGCUGCCCCUUGCAACUUUGCACGAUUUUGCCACUGGCAGCCAUAUGAGACUAUGAAAGACCUGAACCUUUUCUGGAUCUCUCUAGAAAUAAGGACCCAAAUUUUGUAAAUAUAGACCGAAUUGGCAGAACCAGAUAAUCUGGGGAUCAAUGGAGCGAGCAAUGUUGACUGGUCAAUCACUCAACCGGACGAGAUCCUGUUACUGUAUGCCUGCGUGACGUUAUACUCUGACACGUGGUCCCAAACCUACCCCGUCUGUUGGUCUCGUUCGAGAUGCUCGGCAAGAGCAGGCUACCCGUUCCUUGCCUUUCUGACCCGUCGGAAAAAAAUUGGAUGGGGACGGCCCCCAAAGUCCUCACCGGAGUCUUCGUUCCUCCGAGAUGAACCAGGCAACACCGGGCGCCGUCACCGAGUCGGCGGAGCUGGUCCUGCCGUUGCUGCCGCCGCGUGACCUCGCCACCGCGGCAUCCGCUUGCCGCGCCCUCCGCGCGGCCGCGGCCGCCGUCACCACGCGCCGCGCCGCCGACGCGGCACGAGGCCUGGAGCCGCUCCCCAUCCCGUUCCACAACCGCGUCGACUCGAAGCCCUAUGCCUACUUCCUCUACACACCCUUCUCCCUCGCCCGGCUGUCUCCCAGCGCCUCCUCCUCCGGCGCUCAGCCGUGGGGUGGCGCCUGGGCCCGGCCGCCUGUCCCGACCUGGCCCCGCCCCAGCCUCGACGGCUUCACAUCUGCCGUGUGCGGGUGCGCGUGCGAGGCAGGGGAGUGCGGCGGUCCCCGGUGCGCCUGCGCCGAUGCGGAGGCCGACGCGGCCGGCUCGGGCCCGGAGGGCGGGAUGGGGAGCCUCGGCGAGUGUGGCGAUGGGUGCGCGUGCGGGCCUUCGUGCGGGAACCGGCGGACGCAGCGCGGCGUUGCGGUGCGGCUCCGCGUCGUGCGCCACCUACAAAAGGGGUGGGGGCUGCACGCAGCGGAGGCCCUCGAUCGCGGGCAGUUCGUCUGCGAGUACGCAGGAUCACUGACUUCGUGUGCCCUGCACAGCUGCUGGCCUAUAGGCUCGAGGAGUUGUUUUGUUUUGGUCAGGACUUAGGUGUGUUUAUGUUUGGCUUGUAUAAGAGUAGCAUGGUUAGUUGGUGACUAGAUCGUCUCAUUUUCAGAAUAGCAUGCUUGUAUGCUAAUUAGUUGGAAAUAUAGUAUAGACUUUAUUGUAGGAAUUACUUGAGGGCCGAUAAAACACAAUACACUUGGUUUCCUUUUUUUUUCCUCGAUUUCGGUUUGCAUUGAUAUAUAACUGUUGAUGUUGACAAACUAAAGUCUCUUGAGCUUACUUUCGUAGUCAUCUUGUAUUUGAGCUGUAGGUGAGUUUUUGACAACCGAAGAAGCACGGAGGCGGCAGAGGAUAUACGAUGAACUUGCCUCUGCCGGUAAGCUUGCUCCUGCACUCAUUGUCAUUCGAGAGCACCUGCCUUCUAGAAAAGCAUGCCUAAGAGUCAACAUUGAUGCAACCAAAGUGGGAAACGUGGCUCGCUUCAUCAACCAUUCAUGUGAUGGAGGCAACCUGCAUCCUGCCCUGGUGAGGAGCUCCGGUUCGUUGCUCCCAAGGCUCUGCUUCUUUGCUGGCAGAGAUAUUGCAGAAGGAGAGGAGCUCACCUUCAGUUAUGGGGAUGCUAGGGUUAGGCCGAAGGGUUUGCCGUGCUUUUGUGGAAGCUCGGGUUGUUGUGGUGUACUUCCUUCAGAAGAAACUUGAGAGCUGAUGCCACCAUCUGUAAUGCUUUCCAAACGAGUUUUAUUGUACCACUGCCUUUGACAGAACAUUGGCUUGAGAAGAAAUUCCAUAGCACAUUCUUUUGCUCAUACCGUAAUAUGUGCAACAAAGGAUUAAUGAGUCAGAUUUUGGUGAA